AGAAAAAAGUCACCUUUGAGCUUAAGAUAAAAGGACCACCACUAUGUUUACUUUUUUUUAAGUAAUACCAGCUUUUAAAAUAGAGUGUUCUUGAAGAUAAUUGUAUGAAUAAUUACAUCAUGAAUUGCCUGUUUAAAAAUUUGACUGAUCUGAUCUGUUUUUCUGGUUGAAAUAAAUUCGAGAACUCCAGAAUAUGUUGACGCUUUGGCUAGAAAGGUGAUUGUGGCCUUAAUUCAUCCCUUUCUCUUGCCUCUUCCUAUACUUUCAAUAAAUAAGGCUGGGAUAAAAAAGGUUUUGUUAAGAAACUUGGAAAUAGAAUUGCUUUUAUUGAUAGUUUUGUUUGAAAUUCAAAGCUAACAUGGUUCACUCUCAUCAGAAAAUUUUUAACAUCUUCUUAAACUUUAGGGAAUAAAAGCUCUAAAUUAAAACCCAUCUUGCCUCUAUAACUUUGUGUCUUUUAGCAAAAAUAUCUUUAAGGAUGGGAGGAAGAGACCCUUAUUGCCUUAAAUUCCAGAUCACUAUGUGACUAAGCCUAGAGUUUCAAGAAAUAUUAAACUAGAAGCCUGGUGGGAUUUUGAGUCAUCAGCUUAAUAUACCACUGGGACCGGGACAAAACCGAUUGACUCUGAGGAAGUAUUUGGAUUGUGAGCUUUUCAGAACUUUGUUCUCAGGAUCCAUUAUUUUAACAUUUGGGAGAAAUACAUCCAGAAGAUGCACACUAGACUGAUGGAAGACCAGGGAAUCUGAAGACUUCAGAUGACAUCAGAGAUACUUUUCAACAACCUUCUCGAUUUCCUUUCUCAGAAAGCAGAGGCUCAAACUUUGGAGACAGACGACCGAGGCUCCAAGAGGUUGACUUGCUGCAUAUUCUACUGGUAAUGCUUGUGCCAAGUGCUGGGAUGUAAAAAUGACAAAAUCAUAAUCCUUGCAUAACCUUUGCAUUAAUGGGGAACAGAAGAUGAAGAAGGAAAAGCAAUAUAUUCGCUAAGGAUUGUAUCUGCUUGCUGCUGUGUUAAGGAAUUAUUCUGCUUCUCCUUGUUUAGGAGUGGAUCAGCUCUGCUCAAACUGCAUUGGAGUUUGUCUGCCUUUAUCUUGUCAUUGCCAGAAGAAAUCCUGGUCGGAAUGUAACAGUAGAUCUAUGUCUAAUUGCUGUGGAAGAUGAUAAACUGAUACUCACUUAUUAAAGUUAUUAUCUCACUCAUCCACAGAAAACCAUUCUUCAAAGUGAAUAGAAACCAAGCCCUUGUUAAUACUUCUAUUGAACAUGACUCAUGGAGAAGAGCUUGGCUCUGAUGUGCACCAGGAUUCUCUUGUUUUAACUUACCUAGAAGGAUUACUAAUGCAUCAGGCAGCUGGGGGAUCAGGUACUGAGGUUGACAAAAAUUCUGCUGGGCAUAAUGAAGAAAAUCAGAACUUUAACAUUUCUGGCAAUGUAUUUCCCACCUGCCAAAGUACUGGUCCAGUUCUUAAUACAUAUACACAUCAGGGAUCUGGCAUGCUGCAUCUCAAAAAAGCCAGACUUUUGCAGUCUUCUGAAGACUGGAAUGCAGCUAAGCGGAAGAGGCUGUCUGAUUCCAUCGUAAAUUUAAACGUAAAGAAGGAGGCUUUGCUAGCUGGCAUGGUUGACAGUGUGCCUAAAGGCAAACAAGAUAGCACAUUACUGGCCUCUUUGCUUCAGUCAUUCAGCUCUAGGCUACAGACUGUUGCUCUGUCACAACAAAUUAGGCAGAGCCUCAAGGAGCAAGGAUAUACCCUUAGUCAUGAUUCUUUAAAAGUGGAGAAAGAUUUAAGGUGCUACGGUGUUGCAUCAAGUCACUUAAAAACUUUGUUGAAGAAAAGUAAAGCUAAAGAUCAAAAGCCUAAAACCAAUCUUCCUGACGUAACUAAAAACCUCAUCAGGGAUAGGUUUAUAGAGUCACCUCAUCAUGUUGGGCAAAGUGCAACAAAGGUCAUGAGUGAACCCUUAUCAUGUGCUGCAAGAUUACAGGCUGUUGCAAGCAUGGUGGAAAAAAGGGCUAGUCCUGCCACCUCACCUAAACCUAGUGUGGCUUGUAGCCAGUUAGCAUUGCUCCUUUCAAGUGAAGCCCAUUUGCAGCAGUAUUCUAGGGAACAUGCUUUAAAAACACAAAAUGCAAAUCAAGUGGCAAGUGAAAGACUUGCUGCUAUGGCUAGAUUACAAGAAAAUGGCCAGAAGGAGGUUGGCAGUUUCCCACUCUCAAAAGGAGUGCCAAGUCAUCUUAAUGGUCAGGCGAGAACAUCAUCAAGCAAACUAAUAGCUAGCAAAAGUAAUUCUACAGCAUUUCAAAGUUCAGUGGGUAUCAUUCCUUCUUCCCCCAAAAAUGCUGGCUAUAAGAACUCACUGGAGAGAAACAAUAUAAAACAAGCUGCUAAUAAUAGUUUGCUUUUACAUCUUCUUAAAAGCCAGACCAUACCUAAGCCGAUGAAUGGACACAAUCACAGUGAGAGAGGAAGCAUUUUUGAGGAUAGUAGUACACCUACAACUAUUGAUGACUAUUCAGAUAACAAUCCUAGUUUUACAGAUGAUAGCAGUGGUGAUGAAAGUUCUUAUUCCAACUGUGUUCCCAUUGAUUUGUCUUGUAAACAUCGCAUUGAAAAGCCGGAAUCUGACCAACCUGUUUCUCUGGAUAACUUAACUCAAUCCUUGCUAAACACUUGGGAGCCGAAAGUCCCAGAUGUAGAUAGUAAAGAAGAUCAAGAUACCUCAAAGAAUUCUAAGCUCAAUUCCCACCAGAAAGUAACACUUCUUCAAUUGCUACUUGGCCAUAAGAAUGAAGAUAAUGCAGAAGCAAACACCAGCCCUCAGGGAGUACACAGUGAUAUGACAAAGUUCAAUACACAAAAUUAUACAAGGACUUCUGUAAUAGAAAGCCCAAGUACAAAUAGGACUACGCCAUUGAGCACUCCACCAUUACUUACUUCAACCAAAGCAGAGUCUCCCAUCAAUCUUUCUCAACACUCUCUGGUCAUCAAAUGGAAUUCUCCACCAUAUGCCUGCAAUACUCAGUCUGAAAAGCUAACAAAUAGUGCAUCUAACCACUUGAUGGACCUUACAAAAAGCAAAGAAUCGCAAAGGGAGAAACCAAUCCAAAAUGAAGGUGCGCAAAGCUCUGCAACUUUCAGUGCCAGUAAAUUGUUACAGAAUUUGGCACAAUGUGGAAUGCAGUCUUCCAUGUCAAUGGAAGAUCAGAGACCCAGUAAACAGCUGUUAAAUGUAAACACAGAUAAACAUAUAGGUAUGAUUGAUAGAUUGAAUAGCCCUCUGCUCUCAAAUAAAACAAAUGCAGUUGAAGAAAAUAAAGCAUUCACUGGUCAGCCAACAUCUCCUGAACCAGGACUUUGUGGUUCUGAAAUAGAAAAUCUGCUUGAAAGACGCACUGUCCUCCAGUUGCUCCUGGGAAACCCCAACAAAGGUAAGAAUGAAAAGAAAGAGAAAAUUCCUUCAAGAGAUGAAAGUACUCAGGAACAUACCGAUAGAGCUUUAGGUGAACAAAUUUUGAUGGUGAAAAUAAAAUCUGAGCCUUGUGAUGACUUACAUAUUCAUAAUACAAAUGUGCACUUGAGCCAUGAUGCUAAGGCUGGCCCUUUCUUAGGCAUGGCUCCUACCAUGCAGAGAAGCACAGCUGCCUUACCAGCAACCGAGGACUUUAAAUCGGAACCUGUUUCACCUCAGGAUUUUUCUUUCUCUAAGAAUGGUCUGUUAAGUCGAUUGCUGAGACAAAAUCAAGAAAGUUACCUGGCAGAUGAUCUAGACAAGAGCCACAGAAAUAGUGAACUGACAAUUCUAGAAUCAAAGAACUUUUGCAUGGUCCCUAAGAAAAGAAAGCUUUAUACUGAGCCUUUAGAAAAUCCAUGUAAAAAGAUGAAAGGUAACAUUGUUGAUGCUGCAAACAGUCCCAGUGCUCCAGAGGUACUGUAUGGAUCCUUGCUUAACCCGCAAGAGCUGAAAUUCAGCAGAAAUGAUCUUGAAUUUAAAUACCCUGCAGGUCAUGGUUCAGCCAGUGAAAGUGAACAUCAUGGUACUUGGGCUAGAGAGAGCAAAAGCUUCAAUGUUCUGAAACAGCUGCUUCUCUCAGAAAACUGUGUGAGAGAUUUGUCCCAGCACAGGAGUAACUCUGUUGUCAACAGUAAAAAGAAAGGACACAAAAGUAGUGUGACCAGUAGCAAACCUGAAUUCAGCAUUUCUUCAUUAAAUGGACUGAUGUAUGGUACCACACAGCCCAACAGUUGCAUAGAUAAUAGGACAUUUUCAUACCCAGGAGUAGUAAAAACUCCUGUAAGUCCUCCCUUCCCUGAGCACUUGGGCUCUGCGGGGUCUAGACCAGAAUCUGGGCUUUUGAAUGGGUGUUCCAUGUCCAGUGAGAAGGGGCCUAUUAAGUGGGUUAUCACAGAUGUGGAUAAAAAUGAGUACGACAAAGACUCUCCAAGACUGACCAAAACCAACCCAAUAUUGUAUUACAUGCUCCAGAAAGGAGGCAAUUCUGUUACUAGUCGAGAAACACAGGACAAGGAUAUUUGGAGGGAGCCUUCAUGUGCUGAAAGUGUCUCGCAGGUUACAGUCAAAGAAGAGUUACUUCCUGCUGCAGAAGCUAAAGAUUCUUUCUUUAAUUUAAGAAGCCCUUACAAUAGCCAUAUGGGAAAACAUGCUUCUCGCCCACACAGUGCAAAUGGAGAUGUUUAUGGACUUGUGGGAAAUGUGCUAACAAUAAAGAAAGAGUCAGAAUAAAAUGGACCUGCUAUCCAGCUUUGGAUCUUUUUAGAACUAAUUAAUAUGAACUUGAGAUCUGUAUAAAUAAGAGCAUGAUUUGAGAAUAGCAUGGUAUAACUGAAACUUUUUUCAUUUUGAAAAGUAUUGGUUACUGAUGAUAUUUAAAUAUGCAUACUAUUUUUUGCUUUACUUUAGAUGUCAUGAGGAAACUACUGAACUAACAAUUGGUUGUUUAACACUUCUGUAUGCAUCAGACAACAACUGCGAGUAGCCUAUGAAUGAAAUUCUUUUAUAAGCAUAAAUAAAAGGCUUAAAUUAAAAUAUAAAUCUUCAUCCAUAGUGAUUAAUGCAGUUUUCAGCCUUUCAUCCAUCCCUUUUUUAGUGUACUUCAUUUUGCUUUGCAGAAGUCAGCCUAUAUAAUACAUUUUCUAAAAAGUCCAAACAGUUACAUAACUGUGAAGUGCUAUUAUUAAAUUAAAAAAUUGAUGAUUUAUUUCUCAUCCAAUUCAAAAUUAAAUUAGAAAAAAAAUGCUUACAUUUUUCACUCUUGCUAACAUAUAUUAACUCUUGGAGGGGAUUUUGUGCUUCCUAAUGUGUCUACCCCACCCCAGUCCAUACUUUCCAAUAUAUAUUUCUUUAAACCUUGUACUACUUAGUAAAUAUUCUUUAAAAUUGAGGGAAGUUUGAUAGAUCCUUUAAAAAAAAAAAGGCAGAUUUCCAUUUUUAUAUCUUAACUAUUUUCCUAAAUUAGUACUCCUUUUACAGAAUUAGGAAAGUUAAAAUUUAUCUUUAGGUGGUUUCCUGAGCAAUUGAAUAUUUAAGAAAUUAUUUUUAACAGAAUUAAAUUUAUUUUUCUUUGGACAGUUUUCACCAUCUCUUGUAAAAGUGAAUUUUCACCAUUCCUUGUAAAAGUGAAUUUUCACCAUUCCUUUGGUACCAGGAUUUCUUAAAGCUGGACUCAGACUAACUGCAUUAGAAUCGUGUGGAGCACUUGUUUCAUAAUGCAGAUUCCUAGGCAGCAUCUCAGACCUGCAAAACAAGAAUCUCUCCUAAGUGGACCUGGAAAUCUUCCAUCUGCAUCUUAACAUGCUCUCUAGGUGUUUCUUCUGCACACUGAAGUUGGAGAAACAUUGUUUAUGGCUUUUUUCAAACACAUAAUUUAAGUACUGUAAAAAAAAAAAAACUAUUGGAUGCCAAUAUUUUCCCCCAACAUAGUUACAAAUCAAUUCAAAAUUUGCAAUAUGUGGUUCAUAUAUUACCGUUACGUCUUUGGAAACCGUGUUCGGAAUACUUUUUAUGAUAAAAAAAAAAAAUUGGGUGAAGGGUACAACUUUCAUAUCUGACUUAACAUCUCAGGAAAAUCUGUGAUUAUUUAUGUGUUCCAAUGAGUAACAUCUACCUAAUUAGCCUUAGGGAUGGAAUAACAGGGCCACUUACCAAACUCAGGUAAUUCUAGGAUGGUUUGGAAACUUUUCCUGAACCCAUCCUUAACUUCUAUUAAAACCAUUGUCCUAAGAACAAUGCUGACAAAGAUAAAAACAUUUAGUUCAAACACUAGAAAGGUACUAAACUCAGAUUGACUUUACAAAAAAGUAAAAAGGGCACAUAUACAUGACAGAAUUAUAUAUGAUCUCUCCAUUGGGUCUAUUUUUAAAUACUAAUUAAAAGUAAACAUUGAUUUUGUCUUGAAAUAAUAUGUUAUUGAGCCACAUGGGGCUCAUGUGUUUGUCAUGAAACAAAUCCAUAUUUUCAAGUUCAGAUUUUACAAUCCACAAUUCAUUCACCAAAUAUUUUCAUUUUUAAUUGUCAACCAGGUUAGCAACUAACCUAUUAAAAACUAUUAUAUAAUCAGUUAUUAAUUAGAAGGAAAUCUAUUUGAAGUUCUACUUGAAGUUGUUCUUAAGCUUUUUAUAUUAAAAUGGGCGUUAUUUCCUAAUAUGGUCUAAAAUCCUAAAUGAUUAUUUUUUUUUCAAAACGAUUUGUAAAUAGUUACUGGAUAUAUAAAAUGAUAAGAGUCAGGAGUGAAUAUUAUGCUACAUCAUGGAGAGAUGAAGGCAUAUGCUUAUCCUGAAAUGAAAAUUCCACUGGCCAAUGAAUAUAUCAUACUCCAUCCCAUAUUUACUCUGCGACAAUCUUAUUGUCUAGACUAUUUGAAUAGCUUUUAAACAAGUCAUUUUUUUAUGCAGUUAUGAAAGGUCUGGAACCUUAGGGAUGUUUAAAAAAAUGUUGGUAUCAUCCCUUGCUUAGGGUAAAAUGGACUUUUAUGAGGGAGUGAAAUUGAGGUCAGGAAAAAGAUCAUCAAAGGCCAGUGUUGCUAUUUUUUAUUUGGUUGUUUUUGUUAAUUAAAGGAAUGAGAAUAUAUAAUACAUAAAUAAAUAUGACCACAAUGUCCCCUCUUUGAGCUUAGGGUGAUUUUAAAGAAGAGCAAUGAGAAAGAGCAUAUGUCCACAAAUUUGCUUUGUUUAUGCAUAUGUAGAUACAAGGAUGCACAUAUCAUAUUUUCAAGGACUAUUUUAGAUAUGUAGACAAUUUCUUCCUAAUAAAGUCAUUUGUGAAAGGGUACUACAGCUGUCAUCGACAUCAGUAAGGUAGCAUUACCUGUUUAUUCUCUGCUGCAUCUUACAGAAGAGUAAACUGGUGAGAGUAUAUAUUUUAUAUAUAUAUAGUAUGUAUAUAUAUAUUGACUUGUUACAUGAAGAUGUUAAAAUUGGUUUUUAAAGGUGAUGUAAAUAGUGAUUUCCUUAAUGAAAAAUACAUAUUUUGUAUCGUUCUAAUGCAACAGAAAGGCCUUCUAAUUAACUCUUUCGUUUCUGUAUAUUCCAUGUAUAAGUGUAAAUAUAAUCAGACAGGUUUAAAAAUUGUGCAUGUAUGUAUACUGUUGCAAGUCUGGACAAAUGUAUAGAAUAAACCUUUUAUUUAAGUUGUGAUUUCCUGCUGCAUGAAAAGUGCAUGGGGGACCCUGUGCAUCUGUGCAUUUGGCAAAAUGUCUUAAGUCAGAUCAGAUGUUCAUCCCAACAUGGCAGUAUUCCAUUUCUGGACAUGACUUCUGUGGUUUAAGCUUUGUGAGAGAACAUGCUUUGAAUCCAAGGAUCUUAAAAUUUUUAAAAAUCAAAUCAGCUACUUCUCAAUAUAACGAAUUCACACAACUACUUUCAUGAAUUUUUUAAUCCCAUUGGAAACAGUAUUCAGGAGUAUUCCAAUAUUAACAAAUACUGGAAUACAGGCAAAUUACCAUUCAUGGUAUGCAUUCUGGGGUUUACACAACUGAUUUUGAUGCGAUGUGCUCAGUAAUAUGAUUUGUCGUUUUUAUUAGAAAUUUAAUUUCUUCAUGUGAUGCCAUGAAAUUGUACAUACUGAAGUGUGAAUUUUUGUUUUUGUUUUUGUUUUUUAAUCUUUUAGUGUUUACUUCCUGCAGUGAAUUUGAAUAAAUGAGAAAAAAAAUGCA